GAAACUCCUUCUUCUUAUAAUAAACUCCUUCCAAUUAUGGUGUACAUCUACGGCGGCGGCUACCACACCGGCAGCAUCUUCAAGAUCACCCACGACGCCCGGUACCUGGCCGCCAGAGGAGAGGUCCUGGUGGUGAUGAUGAACUACCGGGUCGGCUGUUUGGGAUGGCUUUACGGUGGAGGUGGUGAUAAUGGUGCUCCAGCGAACCUCGGCCUGGCCGACAUUCAUCUCGCCCUGAAGUGGGUCCAGGCGAAUGGCGCCCAUUUCGGUGGCGACCCCUCCAAUGUGACACUUUUUGGAAACUCCUCUGGUUCUGUACUGACGGGACUUCUCCUGCUAUCUCCCGCCACCAAAGGUCUCUUCGCUCGGGUGAUUCUGCAGUCGGGAGUUCCCGACUCGAUUCGCCCGGCGGAGGAGCAGCUGGCGGUGACGAGGAAGUUCGCCAAGGAGUGCGGCUUUGAAGGAGGUAGUUCUGAGGCGGAGAUGAAGGAGAUUGUGGAGUUUCUGAAGAACAAGGUCAGCCUGGAGACGAUUCUGGCGGCUACGAAAAAGAUGGACAAUCCCUUUCGACCGGUGUACGGCGCUGAUGAGCUAGUUCCGGUGCGGCCGAUUGAGGUUCUGCGCAGUGGAAGGUACAACGCCGACGUUGACAUUCUUUAUGGAGUUUGUCGGGAUGAGGGAGGGGCCUUCACCAUUGACAAAUGUCCCGAGCUGGACGACAAGAAGACUAUCCUUACAAUCGAGCGAACAAAGGAGAUCUUCCAGGAACUGAUUGGCGAGCAUUGGGCCGAGGAGGCGUUUCGAUUUUACGCCCACCGGGCGAAGAUCAGCGCUCAGAAGGAAGCAAGCCUUGAAGAGUUAAG